CUUGUAAAUAUCAAGUUUCAAUACUUUUUUCAAACUAUUUUAAGGGAGUUGCAAAAUUUCCUUUUGGAUUGAUCUAACUGCUCAAUAUUUUAGACAAAAAUUAAGGAGGCACAAUUCUUUGACUUCUGGAGUAAAUCACAAGCAGUCAAGUAGCAAUUUUUGCAAGUGUGUUUACCUCGGUUUUUCUUGAUCAUAAAGUAAAAUCAGCGAUUUUUAUUUAAUCAUAUAGUAGCUCAUUUGUUCUUCAGUUACAAAACUACAAUCCUAUGAUUCACUUCUGUUCUAUGUCUAAUGUCUAUAUCAUUCAGAAAACAGAAUUUUAUAAUUCUUUUCUUACUUUCCACAAUAUCUGCCUUUUCUGAACAACAAAACCAGUUUAUUUAUUAUGGUUUUACAGAAGCAGGCCUUCAUCUCGACGGCCUUGCACAUAUCCAUCCUAAUGGCCUACUGCAACUGACCAACACCACAAAGCUGCAGAAGGGUCAUGCUUUCUAUAAAACCCUUAUGAAACUGGACACAAAUGCUUCUUUUUCUACUUCAUUUGUGUUUUCUAUAUACCGAGAAUUGGACGUACCACAUAGCGGACAUGGGAUCGCCUUUGUCAUCUCACCGUCCAUGGAUUUCAGCCACACGGUUCCAGCUGAAUACUUGGGGCUUUUCAAUGCUUCCAACAAUGGUUCUCCUGCAAAUCAUGUAUUUGCAGUGGAAUUAGAUACAGUUCAGAAUGCACUUUUUGAAGAUAUUGAUGCCAACCAUGUUGGAAUUGAUGUUAAUGGUCUGAAAUCAGUAAGUGCAGCUUCUGCAAUGUACUUUUCUGAAAAAGAAAGGAAGAAUAAGAGCUUGCAGCUUACAAGUGGAAAGCCGAUGCAAGUAUGGAUAGAUUAUGAUGCUUUGAAGAUGUUAGUGAAUGUGAAGUUGGCUCCUAUUGAAGAGCCAAAGCCAAAUCAUUAUCUCUUGUCUACUCGCAUUGAUCUCUCUAAGGUUAUAGUGAAUCCAGUACAUGUCGGGUUUUCUUCAUCUACUGGAUUAUCUACUAAUAUACACUACAUACUAGGAUGGAGUUGGAAUCAAAGUGGCCUAGCUCAAAGCUUAGACCCUUCUAAGCUUCCUUCACUUCCCCGACUAAAAUAUCCAAGAAAGAAAUUAAGUCUUGUUGUUGUAGUUCCUCUAGUUGUGUUAAUAUUAUUUUUCAUCUGUAUUUUCCUAGUUGCUUAUGUGAUCAUAAGAAGGAAGAAGUAUGAAGAAUUGCACGAGGUCUGGGAGUCGGAAUUUUCUGUAAACAGAUUUUUGUACAGGGAUCUAUACAGAGCCACAAAAGGGUUUAAAGAGAGUGAGCUUCUAGGUUGGGGAGGUUUUGGAAAGGUUUACAAAGGUACAUUGCCUCAUUCCAAUAGCCAAGUAGCAGUCAAAAGAGUUUCACAUGAUUCGAAACAAGGCUUGAGAGAAUUUGUGGCUGAAAUUGCCAGCAUGAGAAGGCUAAGGCAUAGAAACUUGGUACAACUCCUCGGUUAUUGUCGGAGAAAGGGUGAGCUUCUUUUAGUGUAUGAUUACAUGCGUAAUGGAAGCCUUGACAAGUUUCUCUUCAGUGACGAGAAACCAAACAUUUCCUGGCCUCAGAGAAUCAAAAUCAUCAAAGGUGUGGCAUCUUCCUUGCUAUACCUGCAUGAAGAGUGGGAACAAGUUGUUCUUCAUAGAGAUGUAAAGGCAAGUAAUGUUCUUUUGGAUGCUAACAUGAAUGCUCGUCUGGGUGACUUUGGUCUUUCGAGAUUAUAUGAUCAUGACACCGGCCCAAGAACUACCCGUGUGGUUGGAACAAUCGGAUACAUUGCACCAGAGCUAACGAUCACAGGAAAACCAACUACUAGUACCGAUGUUUUUGGUUUUGGAAUGUUUAUGCUUGAAGUGGUUUGCGGAAGGAGGCCAAUAUCCCCACACUCCCUUGAAGAAGAGAAUUUGGUGGAUUGGAUUCUCCAGUGCAGGGAAAAUGGAGAAAUUCUUAAGACAAUUGAUCCUAGGCUGGAGGAUAACUACAUUUCUGAAGAAACGGAGCUCAUUUUGAGGUUAGGAUUGAUGUGUUGCCAUGACAAUCCUCAAGAGAGGCCUAGCAUGAGGCAGGUAAUGCAACUUUUGGAUGACAGAAACAGCAAAUUCUCUAAAAAGUCUUACACAGAGUCUUGUGAACCAUCAACUCCAUUUCCACAAACACCUGACUCUGCAUCAGUUUGUUCUGUUUCUAGUUCUGAUUCAAUCCUCUUUCAUGGUCGUUGAAUCAUACGAUGCUCGUAUACUUCACUUGUUAUUGUGUUAUACAUAGUUCACAUAAUGACCUAACAUUUUAUUGUAAAUUUUUUUGACCAACGUGUAGAUGUGAAUAUAAGUCAUGUUAGUGCUUCUUUAAUUCUUAAUUUGCAUUUUAGUUUUUAAUUUUAGACUGAUGUCA